CUCAUUUCCCGUUUCACUAUAAAGCCCUCAACGCUCUCUCGUUUACUUCAAAGGCUGAGAAGAGAAAAAUGGCUUUGCCAAAGGCUAAGGAAAUCGUUGAUGCCAGUACCGUCGUCGUUUUCAGCAAGUCGUACUGCCCGUUCUGUGUGGAUGUGAAGAAGUUGCUUCAACAACUUGGAGCUUCUUUCAAGGCCAUCGAGCUAGACAAAGAAAGUGAUGGAAGUGAAAUUCAAGCAGCUCUGGCUGAGUGGACCGGACAACGAACUGUGCCAAAUGUUUUCAUUGCCGGGAAACACAUCGGUGGCUGUGACACUACAACAGACAUGCACAAUGCAGGUAAACUUGUUCCUCUGCUAACCGAAGCUGGUGCUAUUGCAAAAUCAUCCGUUUAGAAUAUAGUUAAGCUUCCUAUCUACCCUAAAACUAAUAAAUGAAUACCGAGUUCGGUUUCAUGUCGAUUCUGUCCUUUAAGUCGAACUAUUAGUACAACAACACAGUGGUAUCAAAUAUGAACUGUGGUUUAAUUUCUA